UACUCUGUCUGUGUCGUCGCGUACGAUGUCUGAUACACCGACCUUGAGCAUAACAUUGUUGGGCGCUGGUCAAGAAGUGGGAAGAUCAUGCUGCGUGUUACAGUAUCGAGGAAAAACAAUUGUUUGCGACACUGGCGUGCACCCAGCGUACAGUGGAAUGGCCUCACUUCCUUUCAUAGAUGAACUCGACUGGAGCACAGUUGAUGCUAUCUUAGUAACUCACUUUCACCUGGAUCAUGCAGCUGCUCUUACAUAUAUCACUGAAAAGACCAACUUCAGGGAUGGGAAGGGCAAGGUCUACAUGACACAUCCAACUAAAGCUCUUCAUAAAUUCAUGAUGCAGGAUUUUGUGCGCAUGAGUUCUUCAUCUUCAGAUGCCCUGUUCUCCCCUCUGGAUAUGUCCAUGUCUCUUUCGUUAAUCACUCCAAUCUCUGCCCAUCAACUCAUCACCCUUUGCCCCGGAGUCACCUUCACACCAUAUCAUGCAGGCCACGUUCUCGGUGCUUGCAUGUUUUUGAUUGACAUCUACGGUCUGCGAAUAUUAUACACUGGUGACUACUCAAGGGAGGAGGAUCGCCACCUUGUCAAAGCUGAAGUACCGCCAAUACGUCCAGAUGUCCUCAUUGUUGAAAGUACUUAUGGGGUACAGAGCCUGGAAAGUCGGCCGGAGAAAGAACUACGUUUCACCGCCUUGGUUCACUCGAUCAUUCGUCGGGGAGGUCACGUUCUGCUACCACAAUUCGCUCUCGGACGAGCUCAAGAAUUAUUACUUAUCCUGGAUGAAUACUGGAAGAAACACCCAGAUCUUCAUAAUGUGCCCAUCUACUAUGCAUCAAGUCUCGCCCGCAAAUCCAUGGCUGUGUAUCAAACGUACAUCCACACCAUGAAUUCCAACGUUCGAACAAGAUUCUCAAAACGAGACAAUCCUUUCGUCUUCAAGCACAUUUCAAAUCCUGCACAAGCCAGAGGGUGGGAAAAGAAGAUAUCAGAGGGUCCUCCCUGUGUUGUGCUUGCAAGCCCCGGCUUCAUGCAAUCGGGUCCUAGUCGUGAAUUAUUCGAGCUAUGGGCACCCGACUCGCGGAAUGGUCUCAUCAUAACGGGUUAUUCGAUUGAGGGAACUAUGGCCAGGGACAUCAUGACAGAGCCGGACGAAUUUGAGUCGGUCAAAGGAGGAACGAUACCCAGGAAAAUCUCCGUUGACUAUAUCUCAUUCAGCGCUCAUGUGGACUAUUCUCAAAAUUCAGAGUUCAUUGAACUCGUAAAGGCUCAACACAUCGUUCUCGUACAUGGCGAACAGACCGCGAUGGGAAGACUUAGGGCAGCAAUGACUUCGCGUUAUAAAGAGCGCGAGGAGGAUGUCAAGAUACAUACACCGAGAAACUGUGAAACAUUGAACCUUUCUUUCCGAGGUGAACGUGUCGCGAAAGCAAUUGGGACUUUGGCCGACCAGUCUCCACAACCCAACGAUGUUCUAUCAGGAUUGUUGGUUGCCAAAGACUAUUCAUACACCCUGCUAGAUCCCAGGGAUUUAAAGGACUUCGCAGGUUUAUCGACGUGUGUGGUUAGCCAAAAACAGAGGAUCACUCUUGGGGUUGGCUGGGAGCUCGUACGAUGGCAUCUAGAAGGUAUGUACGGUAAGGUUGAAGAGGGUAUCGACAAAGACGGAGCACCAACAAUACGGGUUAUGGGUGCCAUCGAUGUUAAGCAUACAGAGGAGCACGAACUGACUCUGGAAUGGGAGUCGAGUGCGAGCGUCGACAUGAUCGCUGACUCGACGCUCGCCUUGAUAACUGGGAUAGACAAAAGCCCAGCAUCAGUAAAAUUAACCAAUCAUUCCCACUCGCAUUCGCACAAACAUCCCCAUGCCGACAACGAAAAUGAAACCUCAAUCGUAUCUAAAAUAGGCAUGUUCCUCGAAGCCCACUUUGGGUUUGAGUCGCUAGAGUAUCACGAGCCGGAUCUAUUAGAGAAUGAUACCGAACAAGGGGAAGAGGAGAGGUAUCCGGCCUUUGUGGUUACCUUGCCAGAGGGCACCGCUUCGGUUAAUUUGAAUACUCUUGCGGUUUCUAGCACGAACGAAACCCUCAAAAAGCGCCUUGAAGCCGUUGUUAAUAUGGCUGUCACGACCGUCAGCUCUUUAGCUCAAUCCUUUAGUGUGGUUGCACCCGCCUCUCAUGAAGACAUGAACCUGGAUAAGGAUCCCACAAAGGCUGUGCUCAUUCCCCUCGAGGUGGAGCCCAAUGGUGUAUCACCGGCCGAACAACGCCCUUCGGAUGGCUGAAGACAUUUGACGUCAACGACCUUCACUUUUACAUCGAUCCAGAUCGUGUAACAGUAUAGGCAGUGACAUACAUGACAAACCUCGCACAUAAU